UCGAUAAGUGCAUGGCAGCAGGACAGAUUAUGACAACGCUGCUUCAGCUUCAUGCGAGAUCAAAGGGUCCAGGAAUCCAGGAAAAGACAUCCCCUGGAAAUCUGCUCAGUUGCUUUAGACAUCACUCCUCAGGUCGGUCUGAGAUCUGGCAGAGUUUCAAAUGGACUCUUCCUGGAGAAUUAUCAACGCGAGUGGAGGGCACUCAGUGUAUCACAAACUAGAACAUUAGCACCAACAAGCUCCAAAGCAUCAUCACUCUCUGGAAAGCCUUCUGAAUUAGACAAGAGCUGCCUCUCAGCACAGCUACAAAACACUUUAAACCUGACCAGCUAAAUGGAGAAACCUUGCCUGCGGAGCUUUUAAACCGGGCUCUCCCCCAGCACGGGAGGCCUGCCUGCUCCGGGAGCUGGGGAGCCGGAGGAUGGAUCGCUGUGGCUGGCGAUGGCAAAAGGCAGCAGAAUGAGAGAUGCUAGGGAACUUUGUGUGGGUUACUGGCAUGCACGCUGGAUGGCGGUGAUGUGAGUGGCAACCGUGCUGUGACAUGAAGAUGCUGCUGGUUUAAGGCAAAAGAGACCGGUUUGAAAAAGAGAGAGGCAAAGGGAAGGCAAAAAAGGGAAGAGAGAGAAGAAAACAGCUGGAGAGAGGAGAAGGAGGGCAUUUGUUGAUGACAAAAGGAUGGGUUUCCAUUUAAUUAAGCAGCUGAGAGGCAUGAGUGUGGUGUUAGUGCUACUUCCUAUGGUGCUGUUUGUUAUGCUUGCGGGGGCUCAGCGAGCUUGCCCCAAGAACUGCAGAUGCGAUGGCAAGAUUGUGUACUGCGAAUCUCACGCAUUCAGAGACAUCCCUCAGAAUAUUUCUGGAGGGUCUCAAGGCUUAUCGUUACGGUACAACAGCAUUCAGAAGCUGAAAUCAAAUCAGUUUGCGGGCCUGAAUCAGCUCAUAUGGCUUUAUCUUGACCAUAAUUACAUCAGCUCCGUGGAUGAGGAUGCAUUUCAGGGGAUCCGCAGGCUGAAGGAAUUAAUUCUGAGCUCCAACAAAAUUACCCAUCUGCACAACAAAACCUUUCACCCGGUCCCCAACCUCCGCAACCUGGACCUCUCGUACAACAAGCUGCAGGUGUUGCAGUCCGAGCAGUUCAAGGGCCUCCGUAAACUCUUGAUCUUGCAUUUGCGGUCUAACUCGCUGAAGACCGUGCCCAUCCGAGUUUUCCAAGAUUGCCGAAACCUUGAUUUUCUGGAUUUGGGCUACAACCGCCUGCGGAGCUUAUCCCGUAAUGCUUUCGCUGGCCUUUUGAAGUUGACGGAGCUCCAUUUGGAGCACAACCAGUUUUCUAAGAUCAAUUUUGCCCACUUCCCACGCCUCUUCAACCUUCGCUCGAUUUACUUGCAGUGGAAUAGGAUCCGGUCUAUCAGCCAAGGGUUAACGUGGACUUGGAGUUCCUUGCACAACUUGGAUUUAUCAGGAAAUGACAUUACAGGGAUAGAGCCCGGGACGUUCCAGUGCCUCCCCAACCUCCAAAAGCUGAACCUGGAUUCCAACAAACUCACCAACAUCUCUCAGGAGACCAUCAACACGUGGAUCUCGCUCAUCUCCAUCACUCUGUCCGGAAAUAUGUGGGAAUGUACUCGAAGCAUUUGCCCUCUGUUCACUUGGCUUAAGAAUUUCAAGGGAAAUAAAGAGAGCACUAUGAUAUGUGCUGGCCCUAAACAUAUCCAGGGCGAAAAAGUGAGCGAUGCCGUGGAAACAUAUAAUAUCUGUGCUGAAAUCCAGGUGGUGGUUACCGAGAGAUCCUAUCAGGCGCCCAAAACCCCUCAGAGACCUGUCUUUAUCCCUAAACCCACCGUUUCCAAACUUGAAAGCAAUCAGCCAACAUCCGUGAUGCCGAGCCCUUCUGCAGACCUCCCGACGCCUGCAGUGGAGCCAGAGUACGAGCACGUUUCCUUCCACAAAAUAAUCGCGGGGAGCGUGGCCCUCUUUCUUUCCGUGGCCAUGAUUUUGUUGGUUAUCUACGUGUCGUGGAAGCGCUACCCAGCCAGCAUGAAACAGCUCCAGCAGCACUCUCUCAUGAAGAGGCGCAGGAAAAAGGCCAGAGAGUCUGAAAGGCAAAUGAACUCCCCUUUACAGGAGUAUUACGUGGACUACAAGCCAACAAACUCUGAGACCAUGGAUGUAUCCGUUAAUGGAUCUGGGCCCUGCACGUAUACCAUCUCUGGCUCCAGGGAAUGCGAGGUUCCUCACCACAUGAAGACUUUACCCUAUUACAGUUACGACCAACCGGUGAUCGGAUACUGCCAAGCCCACAAGCCUCUCCAUGUAAAUAAGGGGUACGACACCAUGUCCCGGGAGCAGGCUGAGACGACCAACCUGGAACUCAGUCGAGACCACAGCUUCAUAGCCACGAUCGCGCGUUCGGCUGCUCCAGCCAUUUACAUUGAGAGAAUACCAAACUAACGAUGGAGGCGACUUCUUCAGGGGGCGGAGUGGGGAGUUCUUUUGAGGGACCUUUCAUCUCAGAAGAGACCAGGGCAAGAAGCUAAAAUCUACCAUUCCAGUUACAAAUGUUCCAACACAGACAAAGGGAAGGGGAUAAAGCGAACUCCGCAGACUGUGGAAAUGCUGUCGUGCAGUACACACUGAGAACUUCAGGAUUUUCUUUGCUUUAAACUUUCAAACAAAUUCCUCAAUGUAAAUAUUAAAGAGAGAUUGUCGAGUUCUUAUUAAAAAAAAAAAUAGAUUUCACUCUAGCUACAUAAAGGGAUGGAUUAAGAGUUUUGUUUGUAUAUUUGAUUUUUCUACAUUGCACGGUUCCAGGGAAGGAGAACCACAGUGGUCAAGCGCUAAUAUUUCAAACCAGACAUGGGCAUUAAAGCUUAUGUUGAACCAAAAGGACAUUGGCAAUUGAUGCAGCAGAAACAAAGAAACUUGGGUGCAUGUACAUUUAAGAGACAGGCUGUACACUAUGGAGGGUGCUUUUGAUUUUUACUAUCUUCAUUGUGCUUCAUUGUUGACACUAUAAUUACUUUUCGGGCUCUAAAAAAAGGGAAAAACAUGCAAAUGGUGUAUCGACUCUCAUAUUUACAGUCCAGCGGUGCCGUAAGCAAAAUUAAUGGACAUUUGGGAACCAAAAUGGAAGUGAUGUGCUUGAAGUGGAUCAAAAGGAAAAUCUUUAAAAGCAAGAGUGUUUUGGUGAAACUCACUGGCUGACACAAUUUCUAAAACACAGGAGAAUGUGUAACAUUGUUUUUUGUUUUUUUAAUUAAUUAUUAUGAUCAGUUAGUUUUUGUGUAGUUUUUAUCAAUAAAAUGACAACAACAACAACAACAACAACAAGUGGUGGAAAAAAAAUAAACAUAUUAUUUUGUGGUUGGGACACCACAGCCAA